UUCAUCUCUGUUUGUAAUGAAAGAAUAAUGCAAGUCUCAACCUCUAGGAAAUGUUAAUCUUCUUUUCAUAUCCAUAUUUGUCUCAAGUUUCAAGCCUAUGACCAUGAAAAUCCAUGGAGAUUAGUAUUUUUCUUUUAAUGUUUGUUUACUUUGAAAGGUCAAGAUAGGCUGCUGUCCAUAACAGCUGCCCAACCAAAUGACUUUGGACGAGAAAAACUGAGUUAGACUUUGACUAUUGGCUGCAAUGCUUUUCUAACUGAGCAUUAAAAUGGAUAUUCCAAGUAAUGUCAUGCUUAUUUAUUUAUUUGUUUAUUUUUUUUAUCAAAAUUGAUCAAAAAUCGUGACAAAAAGGGCCUAUGAGGGUGUUCCUCUUUUUUGGCUGGCUUCACUUUCCUAAUCCCUACCUGAAUUUAAAAAUAAUGCAUGCUUAGAAAACCUACGGAAAGCUCUAAUGGAGCUUGUUUUGUGCUUGUUUUUGUUCUUUUCUAUUACAGGAACCUCUGCACAAGACAGUAUUAUUCCGGGACAGUCCAUAAAAGAUGGUGAGACUCUUAUAUCAGCUGGUGGAAGCUUUGAACUGGGAUUUUUUAGUCCUGGAAGUUCGAAGAACAGAUAUGUAGGAAUAUGGUACAAGAAAGUAUCUGCUGGCACUGUUGUUUGGGUUGCCAACAGGGAAGCUCCUGUUUCUGAUACGUCAGGAGUUCUAAGUAUCACCAGUAAAGGAAUUCUUGCUCUUCUGAAUAGCAACAAUAGUCUUGUUUGGUCUUCAAAUACAUCGAAAACUGCACAGAAUCCAGUAGCACAGCUCCUGGAGACAGGAAAUCUUGUAGUGAAAGAAAGAAAUGAUAACAACUUAGAGACCAUUUUGUGGGAAAGUUUUGAUCAUCCUUGCGAUAACUUUUUAGCUGGAAUGAAGAUUGGGAGAAACUUUAUCACUGGUUUUGAGAGGUAUAUAUCAUCCUGGAAAAGUGCAGAAGAUCCUGCUCCUGGGCAGUAUUGUUUAAGGAUUGAUCCUCGUGGAUAUCCACAAUUAAUUCUUAAGGAAGGAUCAGAAAUAGUGUUUAGAGCAGGGUCAUGGGAUGGUCUUUAUUUUUCAGGGAAGCCUGGUCUUGAACAAAAUUCAGUAUAUACAUAUGACUUUGUCUUGAAUAACAAUGAGGUAUAUUACAAAUACGAGCACCGAAACAGUUCAUUUGUUUCAAGGUAUGCAUUGAAUCCACUAGGUUCUAUACAGCGUUUCAUGUGGAUUGAGAGGAAAAAUGAUUGGAAGAUUUUUUCGACAGCUCAAGCAGAUCAAUGUGCAAUCUAUAACUUUUGUGGGGCAUAUGCUACCUGCACAACCAAUAAGUCUCCUCCAUGUACAUGCCUGGAAGGCUUCAUGCCAAGGUCAUCGACUUCCAGAGAUUCGACUUCUGUAGAUUGGUCUGAUGGAUGUAUUAGGAGGACACCCUUGGUUUGCGAUGGUAAAGAUAGCUUUUUAAAGCACACCGGGAUAAAAUUCCCUGACACGUCGGGUUCUUGGUUUAACAACAGCAUGAACCUCCAAGACUGUGAGGAAUUAUGUUUGAGAACUUGCUCUUGCACAGCAUAUGCAAAUUUGGAUAUUUUGAAAGGAACAGGAUGCUUAAUCUGGUUUAAUGAUCUGACUGACAUGACAGAAUUCACCGAGGAGGGACAAGAUCUCUAUAUUCGGCUUGCUGUUUCGGAGCUAGAUCGGGUUCAAAGCAAAAGGAAGUCAAAGGAAAAGCUUAAAGCAGCAAUUAUAUCCAUCGCCAUUGUAAUUGCUACGGGAUUGAUGAUACUGGUAUUCGUGUUGCAUGUGAGGAAGAAAAAGCAAGUUGAAGAGAAGGAAGAGAUGGAAUUGCCUGUGUUUGAUUUUGCAGCCAUAGCCAAUGCAACAAAUAACUUCUCAAAAAACAACCAGCUGGGGUGCGGUGGCUUUGGUCCUGUGUACAAGGGUAUGUUGGUAGGGGGGCAAGAAAUAGCAGUGAAAAGACUUUCAAAGAAUUCUGGACAAGGCCUUGAAGAGUUCAAAAAUGAAGUUACACUGAUCGCCAAACUUCAGCAUCGAAAUCUUGUGAAGAUUUUUGGUUGUUGCAUUAAGGGAGAGGAGAGGAUGUUAAUCUAUGAAUACAUGCCAAACAAAAGUUUGGACUACUUUAUUUUCGAUAAAACAAGAAGCAAAGUUCUUGACUGGCAUAGGCGCAUGCACAUUGUUGAUGGAAUUGCUCGAGGGCUUCUUUAUCUUCACCAUGACUCUAGAUUGAGGAUUAUCCAUAGAGAUCUUAAAACAAGUAAUAUUUUACUAGAUAAUAGUAUGAAUCCAAAGAUUUCGGACUUCGGAUUGGCUAGGAUGUUUGGUGGAGAUCAGACUGAGGCCAAGACUAAAAGAGUGGUUGGAACAUAUGGCUACAUGUCUCCAGAGUAUGCCUUUGAUGGACAUUUCUCACCAAAAUCUGACGUCUUCAGCUUUGGAGUAUUGGUUCUAGAGAUGGUAACUGGGAAGCGAAACAGGGGAUUUUCAGAUCCAGAUCAUGACCACAAUCUCCUUGGACAUGCAUGGAGAUUGUGGAUUGAAGAGAGGCCAUUAGAACUAAUUGACAAUGCAUUAGGCGACUUUUACAAUGCAGCUGAAGUGUUGAGAUGCAUCAAUGUAGCUCUCUUAUGUCUGCAACAGCGCCCUGAAGACAGACCAAACAUGUCAUUAGUGCUUGUAAUGUUGUGUGGCGAGAGUACAUUGCCUCAUCCAAAGCAGCCUGGGUUUUUCUUGGAAAGGAAUCUGCCACCAGCUGAGUCUGCAUUCGGCAAGCAGGAAUCGUCCUCACUCAAUGAAUCUGCCAUUACAGUGUUAGAGCCACGCUAAAAGAUCAUCAUGUAACAAACUGAUACUAAUUCUUAGGAGGAUUCUUAGGCAUAAAGGAAAACAUUUAAACAUUUCACAAUAAAUGGCAAUGAUUUCUUUUCAUGACUUGUCUCAUUUUUCUCCUUUUGGUUGGUAGUUGUCUGAUUUUGCUAUCAAUGAAGUUCUACAGAAGUGGGAAUUCUUGUUCCAACAUGUGACCUAGCUAGAUGUUAACUUCUUUCAUCUUCCAUCUUUCACUAUAAUUCAAGAUUCUCUAGAAAAAGAGAUUGAAUUGUUAGUGUCAGCAUCACCCAAUGAAAUUUUCAGAAUUCCAUGUUUUCAUUGUUAAACAUUUCUUGAAUUCAUUUCAAAUUGUAGAGUAGGCCUAAAUCCACCUCAGACUUCAUUAAAUUCAAUGUGUGAAUGGUUAAAUGUUUAAUUGACUUAUCCCAUUCAAGGUUCUCUGAUGUUUAAU